AAACAACCGCUUUCCUAAGAAUUGGAGUCAGCACUUAAGUAGAAGCAACUCAGGUUCGAUUGCUAGUGUCUACUAUAAUUUCAGUCCACGCGAGGGCUGGGUGUUCAGCUUACAACGACUUAUAAUUAUGUCCGAUCAUGAUCACACCAGACAGCGCAUAAUCGCAUCGGUGUUUGAUAAACGCAACAUAGGUGCUGCGACUCAAGAGACAUACGUUGGACACAUCAAAAUAUGGGAGGAUUCAGGAGAAGAUUCUGGGAAAAAGCCUCGCUAUAUCUUGCUGUCACAGGCUAGCGAUGGAACUGGUUUCCUUCACAAGUCAAAGCUUAACACAAACGGCUCAUUUUCCGUAGGGAAAACAUGGAAAAUUUCUGAGCUGCGUGGUAUAGAAGUUUUGAAUCCAAUGUCCUUCAAUAUCACACUGGCUCGCACAUAUAAAUGGCAGACGGAAAACCAUUUUGAUCAAGCAAACUUCAUUUCCGCGGCAGUACAGCUGUUUUCCGUCGUCACAAAUGGUAUUGGUGCACUGCAUCUUGUCGGAGUGCGACAGAAUGAACUAGCCCCUGCCAAUGGAUCCUCUGAAUCCUCGGAAACUCUGGUCACCCAAGCAUCGCAAAAUGAAUUGAAUGUGACUCCUGCGCCAGCAAGGCGACAAGCUCCGACUUCGCGAACGGAGGCGCUACAGACAGGCUUGCAUGCGGAACCCCCGACGAGAGCUCAGGUUGUGAGACCUCCCUCCCGUUCCUCAUCUCCUGCUAGUUCGAACCUUAGUAAUCUACACUCCAGCUCAGGCGCAAUUCGACCCGCUUCUCCAUCACCAGCCUCUCAGCUACAAGGGCAACCGCAGACCAUUCCAUCCAGUCUUCCAGGUUCACUUCGACCGCGAAUUACCCGCCGUCCAUCCAAUGCAACGCUACCACAAAACCCCUCGUUGAAUGGCUUGCCAGCAAACCUUAUACCAUCCCGUGCACCUCCCGCUACGACACCUCUACGCACACCCAAAGAAAGUUACCCUUUCGCUGCAUCUCGCCCCUCCGCUGAAUUUGUCCACGCGUCGAGUCCACUCUCAGUCACGUCAACAACUGCCCAGCUUCCUCGAUCAGAGUCCCCGAUUUCCAUUCGAUCUCGCAAGCCACCUUCAAGUAAAUCGAUACCUACCCCAGAACCUCCACAACCUCGCCGGGAGCACAACAACCGGGUAUCGUUCUUUGACCCUCUUAAUCAAGCUGCUUUGGAUCGGCUUGUAGUGGGAGAUUACGCAGAGGAUGAGAGUGCAGGUGAAGAAGAAACCUCACAGGCUACAAUGGCGAGCGUAGAGGAGAUGCUAGAGGGAUUCGAGUGGGCCAGCGAUGACUCUUUUGGAAGAAAGAACGCAAAGGGGGCAGCAGACUUGGUUGAGGCCCGGCUGCUGGACGAGUUGGUAGCCCUUGAGAAGGCCAAUAUACACUCCUUCCUGGAGUCUGAUGAUCGUGUGGCUCUGGUCAUGAAUUUACUGGAUGAAGCCAUUACUGAAGUUGACGCUAUGGACAGCUUGAUUUCAUCAUACAAGAUUCAUUUGAACGCCGUUGGGGACGAUAUUUCGUUCAUACAGUCCCAGCGGCGCGGCUUACAGGUUCAGACACAGAAUCAACGCGCUUUGCUAAGCGAGCUCGAGAAUCUCCUUCAAACCGUUCAAGUAGACCGUGAAGCACUGGUGACCCUCACUCAGGAGUCCCUUGAAAAAACAUCUGGGAUACAGAAAUUGGAGACAGCGGCCACGGAACUUUAUAAAGCUCUCCAAGCUGGCCAAGACACCGACAUGGCCGCUACCAUGGAGCGAUUAGACGAAUACAGGACCCAUAACGCACAGUUCUGCAAGCGUAUCUAUGACUUUCUAUCAAUUAUGUCUGUCGCGCAGGCGGAGAUUAUCCUGGAUGGAAAUAAUGGGAUUAUCAAGCCUAGUCGAGGACGACCGAUUAUCAAGAGUCAUAAAGACAUGGAGGCAUACCUGGGUCGGUAUGCAGGGCUACUUCUCUACCUGAAGGAGAUGGACGAGAGCAUAUAUUCAAAGUUCUGUGCAGCAUACUUCUCAGCCACCAGUGAACUUCACAAAAAACAAAUGGGGAGCUUACUUUCGAUUUACUCAGGAUCGCUGAAGAGGAUACCAGACGAAGAUGCUGACCAGAACUUUGGGUUGACCAACGUAAAUAAUCAAAAGGCAUCUAUUCGACGCGCUGGAACCAUAGUCCGUUCGCCCAUCGAGGGACGAAGGGAUCGAGACAAAGACAAGGAGAGGCAGACCGAUGAGGAAUAUCGUGCACCAGAGGCCCUGGGUCUUAUUUUGGAGCAAAUUUCCCCUCAAAUCUACCGGGAAGGAGACUUCAUUGCAGAUUUCCUGCAAAUUAAUGAUGCUGGUCUCACGUUUGCUGACUAUGCCGGGUUGGACAAUUACUUCAGGCGACAAGCUGCACGAAGUGCGGGCUUGAGUCAAACCACCAUGAAGCUCGUACGCGGUGCCAUGGACUUAAUUUUCGGCUUUUUACCUGCCGAGCUGAAGCAAUGGAUUGAUUCCGCUAUUGCGAAAGAUACUUUGCAGGUGGUCGGAGUUUUGGUAUGCCUGGAGCGCUUUGUCGCGGAUGCAGAUGAGCGUGACAAUGCCUUCUUUUUGCAAAUGCUUGAGAAGCAGCACACUAGGCUCAAGGGUUCCUUCGAUCGCUAUAUCAAUCAACAAAUCAAGAUGAUCGAGGAAACUAAGCUCACGAGCAAGAAGCGAAAAGGGGUCGCUCAUUUUGUGAAAUACUUUCCGAUCUAUGUCGGCCGCAUCGAACAGCAACUAAUUGGCGCGGAUGGCUUGGAGAUCAGGGCCAACGUCGACCUCGCUUAUGAAAAGAUCGUGCACAGCAUGUUUGAAUGCCUUAAGCACAUGGCUACCCUAGAUGGCGAAGAUGAGGACAAGGGCCAGCUCAAUUACCACGUGCUGCUAGUCGAGAAUAUGCACUACUUCGUUGCAGAAAUGUCUCAGCUGGAUGUAGGCUCGGUUUCUGGGUUCCCGAAGCAAGCGGAGGCAAUCUACAAUGAGAAUCUGAACGCCUACGUAAAGAUUGUCCUCAGACGACCUUUUGCCAAGAUCACUGACUACUUCGACGGUAUCGAGCGGCUGCUUACGACUACUGCCCCGACAGAAGUCUCAAAGAACAGCAGCUACAAUAGAUCUUCGCUGAAGAAAGUUGUCAAGGAGUUUGAUGGCAAAGACAUCCGCAAGCAUAUUGACGCCCUAUUCAAGCGCGUUGAGAAGCAUUUCACUGAAGCUGAAGAGAAAGCGACGAAGGAAGAAAGCAGUGGUAUUGCCCCUGGCACGGUCAUGGUUGGCGUCUGGAAAGCUUGUGAAGAGGAACUGCAAAGAAUGACAGAGAACUUCAACAAACGGAUUUCGCAAUGUUAUGCGGAUAGCGGUGUCUCAUUGGAAUACACUAGCGCCGACGUUGAGACGUCCUUUAGGCGUCACCGGCUUGGAUCAUAAAUUAUUUUAGAGUACUAAUCAUGAACCUUACAUUGGAUGCGCAUUGUACAGUACACACGCCUACGUUAUAUACCACUCACUCUUGUUAAAGUG